CAGGCCCCUUUCCUCCUACUAUAUUUACGGAACGUUUAUUAGUAUUUAUUAUGGUGAGCUGCGGAUUUUUUUAACCAUAAACGUUGCGCAUAGACGUUUUCGUAAUGAAUAAAUAAGUGAUAUCGGUGCGCGAGGAACAUGAAAAACGACCAUGCAAAAUUAUAAGAUUUUAGUUUUCGAGCGGAUGGGAAUGAUUCCAGAUAUGGCCGUUCACAACAACUCGAAGUCGAUUUCGAACAACGUAUCGGAAGGGGAUGACGCCUCGCUGCGAUCCCUCAGCUCCGAGGACGUAUCUCUGUCCCCCAGGGGCUAUUGUUGCGCCAAAAGCAUCAACCCCGCCGACGGCAGAGGAAGAAAAUUACAUCUCCUGCAAAUGAUCGUACUUCCUUUUAUUCCUAUUUUAGCUUUGAUUAUUCAAACGUCCGUCUUACUGAACAACAUUAUGGUCAACAGGAACGAAGUCAUGGAAAUUAACAAUCAGGUUACAAUUGCUACAGACUUAGGAAAAGUAGUAACGAGAAUGCAAUUGGAACGCUCUGAAGUCGCUUUUUACGUGUACACCAACGGUGCUCUACUAAGAACAAACCUAACCAAGCGAUUCGAAUUGACCGACGAGGCCUUAAGGAACAUAAGCAGUUGGCCUCCCGUUACCUUCAUCGUGGACGAGAAGAGAAUCACCUACAUGGACAAGACGAGCCUGCAGAACAACCUGACGAAAUUCAGAGAGAAUGUUAUCGAUUCGGACGACAGCUCAAUAAAAGACGUGGUUAGCUGGUACACGUCGCUCAACGCCGCUCUAUUGGAACACCUCACGCAGCAGAUUAAGGAGAACGACAACAGCGGCGUGUGGAGGUAUUUGCUCGCUUUCAAAAACCUCCUGAAGAGCAUCGAGAGUACCGGCAUAGCCACCGUUUAUGGCGUUAAUUACUUCGGUAACGGGUACCUGAAACAGCCGAAUUAUAUAAACUACAUCACGCACGACGCCAUCGCUAAGGAUUUACUUAACACUUCGUUGAAUUACGUGUCCCAAAUGAAAGAAGAGUACAGGGCUCUAUCCAAAAACAUGCCCAAUUACGGGAAUAUUAAGUUGAAAAACGACAUUAUAAUGAAAAACAUCCCCCGAAAACCCAAUUACUACGAAGCCUUCGAUUAUUUCGACUCGAUGGCCUCCUACAUGGACGAAUUGAGAAAAAUCCAAAGGAGCUUGCGGGUGCUAAUUCAGGAUUACGUCGAUGAAAACCUGCAUUAUUCGGCUAACAGCGAAGCCCUCGGUAUAGCCAUUUUAGUCCUAGUCCUUUCGGUGUCUCCGGUCAUAAUAUGGCUGGUGAGAAACGCCGUCGAAACCAUACAGUUGUACGCUGCCAAUCUAGCCACCAAGGCUAAGGAGCUGAAGAGGGAAAAGCGGAAGAGCGACUUGUUGCUUUUCCAGAUGCUGCCGCCCAGCGUGGCCACGCAACUCAAGCAAACUAGACAGGUACCUGCUGAAUAUUACGCGUCCGUUACAGUGUAUUUCAGCGAUAUCGUUGGAUUUACAGAAAUAGCUGCUGUUAGCACACCUUUAGAGGUGGUAACGUUCCUGAACAAAAUCUACAAACAAUUCGAUGCAAGAAUCGAGUGCUAUGAUGUCUAUAAAGUGGAGACCAUCGGAGAUUCUUACAUGGUAGCCUCAGGUCUACCAGUAAAAAACGGUAACAAGCACGUGACUGAAAUAGCGAGCAUGGCUCUGGAUUUACUCUCCGGCUCAAAGCAGUUCAAAAUUCCCCAUCGCAAAUCGGAAAGGCUUCAAAUUCGAUCGGGGGCUCACACGGGGCCAGUGGUGGCGGGGAUCGUGGGAUCCAAGAUGCCGAGAUACUGUCUCUUCGGGGAUACUGUUAAUACUGCUUCGAGAAUGGAGUCGACAGGAGAAGCAUCGAAAAUUCACAUUAGUUUCGAAAUGAAAAAGGCGCUGGAGUCGAUUGGAGGAUACAAGAUUGAACAUAGAGGACUCGUUGAAGUCAAGGGAAAAGGUCUGAUGGAAACUUACUGGUUGACUUGCAAAGAAGGGGGACAAAAUAGAACUGUAGAAAUAGACGCGCCGUCGUAUUUGGAAGAGGAAGAAGAAGAAGAAGAGGAGGACUUGGAACCCGUUUUUAUUAAGAGACUGAGGAAUGAAAGUUACUUUUAAUAAACGCCCUAUUGUAAUGUAAUUUUUGUCUGUGUUAAUGUUUUAAACGAUGUAUUUUAGUGUAAGUACCUGAUGGAAUUAAUAGUCAUUUGUAAAACUAAAGUUGUAAUCGCCUAUUGAAUUGAAAGAUAGAAAUUAUGUGUAAGUAACGUGUACUUCUU